AUGGUCGACGAGUCCUUUUCCACUAAAAGCAAAAGAUGGUCCGAUAUUGGAUUCCAGGGUGAUUGCCCAGCGACAGAUUUCCGCGGGAUGGGCAUGCUCGGUGCGGAAAAUCUACGAUACUUUGUUACUUCUUAUCAAAAGUUGGCUGUCAGCAUCCUCUCAUCUUCCUUGCAUCCCGGACACUGGUACCCGUUUGGUGUAGUUGGUAUUAACAUCACGGGUAGUCUCUGGCGCCUUCUCCUUGAUGGAAGCCUUAAGACUCAUUUCUAUAACUCAAUUCCAGGAGCUCCUGUUUUGGCCGACCUGCAUGAGGUUUACGUCUGCCUGUUUGUCAAAUUCAAUGAAUUUUGGAUGAUGGAGUCCCGCGACAUCAUGCAAUUUAACAACUAUUUGUCUUCAUUUGAAAAAUCUAUCAAGAAAAAGUUGCAAGCCGAGGAUUUCACAUUUGAGUCUCCACCAAAAGAAACUCACUGA